AUGAUGAGUGAUCGUCAAAAAGGAUUAGAAAAUGCAGUGGGAGCCAUCUUUAGUGGGUGUGAGGUGAGGUUUUGUGUUAGACAUCUUCAUGCUAACUUUAAAAAGGAAUAUCCUGGACUUUUACUUAAGCAACUUUUGUGGGCAGCAGCUAAUACUACAACACAAGCUGAGUUUGCUCGAGCAAUGCAAGAAGUCAAGAAUGUCUCGGAUGGUGCUUACAAUUGGCUGGCAGGGAAUGUUCAAUGCAGCAAUGGUAGUGCCUUGGUUGUCGAUUUGGAAUUCAGAACUUGUACAUGUAGGAGGUUUCAACUAUCUGGGCUUCCUUGUGGCCAUGCAAGAGCUACUAUCUGGUUCAUGGGAGGUAAUGUCUUUGAUUAUGUCCAUGGAUUCUAUAAAAAAGAAUCAUUGCAAAAAGCAUAUGAACAGAGUGUGCAUCCUAUGCCUAGUCCAGAUAUGUGGCCUCAGACAGGACUCAACCCAAUUGAUCCACCACCUGAGACGAAGCUGCCUGGAAGACCUAAGAAAGCUAGGAGAAGGGAGACAGAUGAACCUCCACCUGCUUUAAAGAAAGCUUGA